CUGUUCCACGCCCCCAACCUAGGUGACGAGGAGUUUGAGCUCCCGGCCAUCGCCCCGCUGGGUGACUACGACGACUCCGGCUGCUUGCCGGGGCCCACCGGGGCCUACGCGGCAGGCCCGGCCGAGGCCGCCUACGGCCAGGGCGGCCGCCUGGGGCCCGCGGCCGCCGCCGCCGCCGCCGCGUACCGUACGGCGGCGCCCUCGGCGGCGGCCGCGGCCGCGGCGGCGGCCCUCGAGUUGGGCCUCAUGGGGGCCGAGCGUCGCCUCGUGGCCUACGGGCUGCCCAUGGCCCUGGGCCAGCACGACGCCUCUCAGUUCGGUGGAGGCCCCCACGGUCACCUGACCACCAUCAGCCAAUCGCAGCUCAGCGCGCACCUGGGCCUAGGCCUGGGCCUGGGCAUGGGGGCGGCGGCGCUCAGGCCGCAGCCUUCGCCGCCCUCGCCGGGACUCACGUCGGCCACGCCGUCGCCGUCGGCCUCGGCUCUCUACGAUGACCUGGACGACGAUUCUAAGCAGCUCCUGGCCGAGCAGCGCAAGGGCCUCCUCGGUGUGAUGGGCGGCCUCUGUGGCGUCGGCGUCGGCGGCGGCGGCGGCGGCGGCGUCGGCGGCUCGGGAAUCGUCGGCGUCGCCGGCGGCGCGGGCGAUGCCAGGCCCAAGCCGCGCACCCCGAAGCGCAAGCGGCGCCGGGACCCCAACGAGCCGCAGAAGCCGGUGUCGGCCUACGCCCUCUUCUUCCGCGACACUCAGGCGGCCAUCAAGGGGCAGAACCCCAGCGCCACCUUCGGGGAGAUCUCAAAGAUGGUGGCCGCCAUGUGGGACGGACUCCACGACGAUCAGAAGCAGUUGUACAAGAAGAAGACGGAGUCAGCUAAGAAGGACUACUUGAAGGCCCUCGCGGCCUACAGGGCCAGCCUCGUGUCCAAGGCGGCCGCCGAGUCGGCCGAAUCUCCCGGCAUCCGCGGCGUCGUCGCCUCCCCGGCGCUGCCCUCGCCGGCGCUGCCCUCGCCGUUCCUGCUGCCCCAGGUGCCGGCGGGGCACGGCCCGUCGCCUCUGCUGGGCUCUCACCACCACCACCACCACCCGCACCCGCACCCGCACCACCACCCGCACCACCACCCGCACCCGCACCAUCACCCGCACCACCACCCGCACCCUCACCACCACCCGCACCCUCACCACCACCCGGGCUACCACCAUCACAUGUCGCAGCUGGCGCACGUCAUAGCGCCCCGUCCGCUCUUCGCCCACGCGCUGGCACCGACGCAGCUAUCGCCGCACGACCACCACCACCACCAGCAGCAGCAGCAGCAGCAACAGCAGCAGCAGCAACAGCAGCAGCAGCAGCAACAGCAGCAGCACGCGUUUCAACUGCAGCGCCAUCACCAGCACCUGCAGCAGCAGCUGGAGAGACACCAUCAGCAGCAGCAGCAGCAGCAGCGUGGGGGACAAACGCCCCCGCACGGGGGCCUGCCGGGACGGCCGAUCACCGCCGAUGACCGACUGCACAUGGCCAGCGCCUACCAGCAGGCCUUCAUGCAGGCGAAUGGAGAUGCCCAGCCCAUCACCAUCAUCGCCAACAUCGCCGGCAACAGUGGCGGAGGCGGAGGCGGAUGCAGAGGAGGGGAGGGAGGCGGCUCGGCAGCCAUGGACCGAGCGACGAGCGGAGGCCACGGCGGGAAAGCCGGCACCAAGGCGCCGUUGGGCGAAGGGGGGCCCUCCCGCAGGGACGAGCGGGAGACCCCCCCAGGGGCUUGGGGGCCCUCGGUGUGCGGCUACAACACCCCGCCACCGUCGCUUGCACCCACGUCGCUCUCUGCCGCCGACAAGCCCCACCUGCUGCCACACUGACGCCUGCGGCUUUAGGCCGCCCCCCCCCUCCCCCCCAUUCCGGGGGGGGGAAGGGGGGGCGGGUAGGCCCGAGGCUUUUGGAGGGGCUGCCUUGCCCCCCCUUCUCCCUACCCCGCCCCCCCCCCCCCUCUCCCCUCCCUGGGUAGGCCCGAGGCUUUGUGGCGACUGCCUUCCUCCCCUGCUUAGGCCCGAGGCUUUGUGGCGACUGCCUUAUCCUCCUGGGUAGGCCCGAGGCUUUGUGGCGACUGCCUUAUCCUCCUGGGUAGGCCCGAGGCUUUGUGGUCGCUGCCUUGCCCAUCCCCCCCCCCCCUCCCCUGCCCGCCUGGGUAGGCCCCAGGCUCUGUGGCGACUGCCUUCCCCCCCUGCGUAGGCCUGAGGAUUUUUUGGUAGCUCCGAUUAGCACGGUUGGCUAUGUACGGUGCGAAAGAAGUUGAACAUACAUACGUAGCUGCCUUGUCCCCCUGGGUAGGCCCGAGGCUUUGUGGCGACUGCCUUCCUUCCCUGGGUAGGCCCGAGGCUUUGUGGCGACUGCCUUGUCCCCCUGGGUAGGCCUGAGGCUUUGUGGUAGCUGCCUGGUUCCCAUAGGUACAGUGAGGGAAAAAAAGUAUUUGAUCCCCUGCUGAUUUUGUACGUUUGCCCACUGACAAAGAAAUGAUCAGUCUAUAAUUUUAAUGGUAGGUUUAUUUGAACAGCGAGAGACAGAA